AUGUCUGCCUCGCCGACCAAGUUGAACGGCACCGACUCCGAGUUGCGAAAGGCGGCUGACGCCCUCGAGCUCAACGGUCACGCGUCUCGAGACGCUGGCAAGGCCGACGCUGCCGACGCUUCUACGGCCACCACCCCCGAUGCGGUGACCGACAAGCAGCGUCUGGAGCAGAAGAGGCUCGAGCGCGAGGAGCAGCGCGCCCGGCUCGAGGCUCAGAUGAAGCAGCUCGAGGCUGACCAGCGUGCUGACGACCUCCUGCUUCACGGCGGCGCUUCGGUCAACAUCGAGGCCGCCUCUGCGCCGACUUCUCCCCUCGGUGCUGCCGACCGCGCCCCUGGAUCCGGCACUCCUGCCCCCAUCGGACAGGGCCGGGAGGUGAAUGGCGCGAAGAGCAUGCCCGCUUCGAGGCGAACGAGCGGCUACGGCGGCACUUUCGGCAUGGAGAAGCUGAGCCUCAGCGCGCUUGACAACGAGCACCAGAAGGACUGGCAGAACGAGGACGAUGUGGACGCCGAGGGAGCUCAGAAGUCGGUCAGCUACCUCAUUAACGACGACGACCCGUUCCCUGGACUUCCGAAGGACAAGCACCUUUCGGCGGCUUCGGCUGCUCUUGACCUCGCGCCCCUCCCCCAGGCGUCGACACGUGCGUUCGGGUCGCGUCCGUUCGACAACUCGCUCAAGAGCUCCGACUGGUCGACCUUCCCCAACUCGACCCGUGGUCUUACGUCGCCGCUGGGUAGCAAUGCUCUGAUGGGUGCUGGCGCGGGAGACGAGACUCCCCGUGACCCCCUGCUUGGCUCUCGCAAGCCUUCUCCCAACGGUCUUGCUGACAGCAUCGCUUCCCUGCCUGCUAUGCCGAGCAAGUCGGUCCCUGCCACGCCGUUCGGCCUUGGCCCCAGUGCUGCGGGCAUGCCCCCUAAGCGCACUGGCACCAGCCCUGGCCUGAACGAUGGCUUCACCCAGGCGCAGCGUGGCUUCUCGAACCCUGACCUUGCCCGUGCGUUCAGCUCCAAGAGCGGUGGCAACAGCGGCAGCGGAGGCAACGGUGGUUUCGGAAGCGGUCUCAACGACACCCCUCGCCCGUACGGCUCCGACCCGCUGUACUCGUCGAUGGGCAUGCCCAACUCGUCCAACGCCUUCAUGCAGCAGGGCUACAACGACUAUGGCUUUGAGGACGACAACUUUGGCUCCGGUGCCCUCUACCCCGCUGGCAUGAUGGGCCUGAAGACCAAGCGUGCGGAGGCUGACCGCGAGUUCAACCGCUUCUCUGGCAUGCGUCUCGAGGACCUGCAGGGCGAAAUCCUCUCGCUUUGUAAGGACCAGCACGGAUGCCGCUACCUGCAGAAGAAGCUGGAGGAGGGCGACCCCGCUCACCGCGACAUGAUCUUCCGCGAGACGUACGGCCACUUCCCCGAGCUCAUGAUCGACCCCUUCGGCAACUACCUCUGCCAGAAGCUCCUUGAGCACGCUACGGAGGAGCAGCGUUCCGCGAUUAUCGACUCGGUCUCCAACGACCUUGUGGGUAUCAGCCUGAACAUGCACGGAACUCGCGCCGUUCAGAAGAUGGUCGACUUCCUGGCUCAGCCCCGCCAGCCCAAGCAGAUCCGCACGCUCAUCUACGCCCUGUCGGUCAACGUUGUCGCGCUCAUCAAGGACCUGAACGGCAACCACGUCAUCCAGAAGUGCUUGAACAAGUUGAUCCCUGAGGACAACCAGUUCAUCUACAACGCCAUCGCGACCAACCUCAUCGAGGUCGCUACCCACCGCCACGGUUGCUGCGUGCUCCAGCGUUCCAUCGACCACGCUUCGCCUGCCCAGCGUUUACAGCUUGUCACGGAGAUUAUCUUCAACUCGCUGUACCUGGUCCAGGACCCGUUCGGAAACUACGUUAUCCAGUACAUUCUCGACCUCAACGACGCUCGUUUCUCUGAACCUCUCAUCCGCACCUUUAUCGGUAACGUUUGCAGUCUAUUCUCGUCCAAUGUUGUAGAAAAGUGUAUUCGCGUGGCCGACCCCGAAAUCCGAAAGGUGCUUGUUGCCGAGGUCCUGAACAGGUCUCGUCUUGAGAAGCUUCUCCGCGACAGCUACGGCAACUAUGUCAUCCAGACCAUCCUCGACUACUGCGAGAUUGGUCAGCGCAUGGUUCUCGUCGAGUGCAUCCGCCCCAUCCUGCCCUCGAUCCGCAACACCCCGUACGGCAAGCGCAUCCAGUCCAAGCUCCAGCGCGAGGACGCCUCCUUCUCGUACGGCGGCGGUGGUGCCGGUGCCGGUGGUGGCUACGGCGGUGGCCGUGGCGGCUACGGUGGCAACCGUGCCGGCGGUGGUGGCUACCACCCCCGUCACCUCGGCCGCCCUCAGCUCCAGCACAUCAACGCUCUCACUGAGGUCUACGGCGCUGCCGGUGCUCCCUUCAUGGGCCCUGGUGGUUACGGCCGUGGCGGCGGUCCUGGCCAGCACGGUGGCCACGGUCCCCACAGCGGCGGCGCUGGCGGUGGUGCUCCCUUCCACGGUCGGGAGAUCCACAACCACUCUGGUAUGAGCUACCAUGCCCCCGGCCCCGACGGCCAGCCCUGGCUGCACCUUCGCGGUCCUGCUGGCCAGCCCGCCCCCAACUGGAACACGCCUCCCAGCGGCUCCAACCACGCCGGCAUCGACCCUCUGCCGGCGACCGCCCCCUCGGACGCCGACCCUGCGCUUGCUGCGGCUGCUGCCGCCGCCGCGGUCACUGACCGCAACGGCCAGGGUCAGCCGGGACUGCCCCUCUGGCAGGACCCCUCAGGAGGCUACAUGUACGCGACGACUAAUGGCGGCCACCUCCCGCCGCUCAUGUAA